GCCACCCUGCCGCCGCCUGUCGCGCACUUGCUAACGGACUAGAGCUGGCCGCAUGGAGCCCGAGCUGGAGCACACACUGCCUGGGACCCUGACCUGGAGCCACAGUGGGGGUCCAGAGAGUCAAGAGAUGGACUUCUUAGAACAAGGAGAAAACUCAUGGCCCUCACCAGCUGUGGCCACCAGCUCAGAAAGAGCCUGCGCCAUACGGGGAGUCAAGGCUUCGAGAUGGACGAGACAGGAGACCGUAGAGGAAGCAGAGCCACCAGGUUUGGGAGAAGGUGCCCAGUCCAGACCAGCUGCUGAGUCCACCAGGCAGAAGGCCACAUUCCCGAAGGCCACACCCUUGGCUCAAGCUGUUCCCUUGGCUGAAGCGGAGACCUCCCCCAUAGGGUGGGACCUGCUCUUACCCGACUGUGCAGCCUCAGCAGUGGGCUCCAGCACAGGUGACUUGGAGCUGACCAUAGAGUUCCCAGCCCCAGAGGCCUGGGACUAUGAGCUGGAAGGCCCUGGGAAGGACAGGUCUCGGUCUGGUCCAUCGCCACAGGCCCCACUUCUCGGCCUGAGUUGGGAUGACGAACUUCAGAAGCCCGGAGCCCAGGUCUACAUGCACUUCAUGCGGGAACACACCUGUUAUGAUGCCAUGGCUACCAGCUCCAAACUGGUCAUCUUUGACACCACGCUGGAGAUAAAGAAGGCUUUCUUUGCCAUGGUGGCCAACGGUGUGAGGGCAGCCCCUCUGUGGGACAGCAAGAAGCAGAGCUUUGUGGGCAUGCUCACCAUCACUGACUUCAUCCUGGUGCUGCACCGGUACUACAGAUCCCCCCUGGUCCAGAUCUACGAGAUUGAAGAACAUAAGAUUGAGACCUGGAGGGAGAUCUACCUACAAGGCUGCUUCAAGCCUCUAGUCUCCAUCUCUCCCAAUGACAGUCUGUUUGAAGCUGUCUAUGCCCUCAUCAAGAACCGAAUCCACCGCCUGCCAGUCCUGGACCCGGUCUCCGGCACUGUGCUCUACAUACUCACACACAAGCGGCUACUCAAGUUCCUGCAUAUAUUUGGUGCCCUGUUGCCCCGGCCCUCCUUCCUCUGCCGCACCAUCCAAGACUUGGGCAUCGGCACAUUCCGAGAUUUGGCUGUAGUUCUGGAAACAGCUCCUGUCCUGACUGCGCUGGACAUCUUUGUGGACCGACGUGUGUCUGCACUGCCUGUGGUCAAUGAAUCUGGUCAGGUUGUGGGCCUCUACUCCCGCUUUGAUGUCAUUCAUCUGGCUGCCCAGCAAACCUACAACCACCUAGACAUGAGUGUGGGAGAAGCUCUGAGACAGAGGACACUAUGUCUGGAGGGAGUUCUCUCCUGCCAGCCCCACGAGAGCCUAGGUGAAGUCAUUGACAGGAUCGCACGGGAACAGGUGCAUAGGCUGGUGUUGGUGGAUGAGACCCAGCAUCUUCUGGGUGUGGUCUCCCUCUCUGAUAUACUUCAAGCGCUGGUGCUCAGCCCUGCUGGAAUCGAUGCCCUCAGUGCCUGAGACCUGAGUUCUCACACCCAAGCCAUCUUCUUCACCUGAAAGCCAACAAAAGGAUCUUGGAACUUGAAGGGGAAUUGGCCUUCAUCUUCUCUCACCCCCAUCUGCUGGCUCUGCUCUGGUUCAGGUUCUCCAGCCUUCCCUGAUUGUCCUUGCUACCUAUACUCUUGGAAGCCUUUGGGCAUGCCCAGUGCACCAGGACGAUGAAAGAACCACAGAGUCAAGGCUGCAAGUCCCUGAACCAGAGACCCUGCAAUCAGUCCUGGAUCGUCUGUGUGUCCUGUCCCUGCUUACUCCUUUCCCUGCUCCUGCAUCAGGGCUGAGCUCAGUGGGGCAGUGAGCCUGCAGCCUAUGGAUUUAGACAGGAGCCUGAAAUGCUUGGUUUCUGGACCAUGUACACUCGUGUUCCCUGCUCCUGGGAACCCUGGCUGUUCUCCCCCUGUGGAAGCCACCAUUGCAUCACCACCAUCCACCAGCUUACUCUCCUGGUGCAUCAUCACCAUCCGCCAGCUCACUCUCCUGGUGCAUCACCACUCUCUGCCAGCUCACUCUCCUGGCCUUCCAAGAUGCUGGAGGCCAACACUGAACAGCCCUUGAUUCUAGAGCUGUCUGCUGGAGUGGGUGAGCCUGACACUGUUGCAUGGGAGGAUGGGGGGGAGGGGAGGCUCCUUAGAACUCACCAAUGGACAUUGUUUCAUCCCCUCCGUCUCUUCCCACCAGACAGAAGAUCUUGUAUUCAGAUCCUUAAGAAUGAACAAUCAAGGAAAGAAAGAAAGAAAGAAAGAAAGAGAGAGAGAGAGAGAGAGAGAGAGAGAGAGAGAGAGAGAGAGAGAAGAGCAAGCCCCAAUCUUGGAUGCUAUAGGCUUGCUCAAUUGCUACAGUCAUUGAGAACUUGUGCCAAACUCCUUAUGUCUCCUGAAUUCAAAGACUUGAAGGGAAAUCUGCAAUUGACAAAAGCUGCAAGUGGCCUUUCUUUUGUGCAUAGAAUGUUAUUCUGCCAACAUUUUUUUUACUCUUUGAUUUGUAACAAAAUGAUAAGGAGUGUUUAUUAAUUAAUUACUCACACAGGAGGUGAAACCCAGUCUACAAAUGGGACUCUGCAGGAAAUACCACUGAUCCUGUAACAUUGGAUGUAGUUUCUACCAUGACCUCAGUUCACCAGGUAGAAAGAAAUUAAUCUCAGUAAAUUCUGGGUCUCUUCGUCUGCCUUUACCCUCCCCUGUGAUGACAGGGGCCCUCAGAUCCAGUGGUCCAAUGAAGAAAGAGUGGAUUCAUAUUUUUACUGUCUUUUAAAAUUCCUUUUCAUUCACUUAUUUUAUUGUGUAUGCUUGCAAGCAUAAGUGUGCCACCCUGGAGUGUGAU